UUGUGCGAAAUGGCGCAGGACGGUGGACACAUGGUGAACAUGAGUUCCGGUAAUGUGGAGCUACGAUGCAACGUCUCGUGGAUGAAGAAAGCUUGAGCUGUUAACCAGCGGAUAGUGUUGAACUGAAAUUGGAAUCUCACAGCGAUGAACGUGGUUGUGAAAAGGGAAAAGGACUGUAGUUGGCUGGGGCAGUCAAUUGAUAGAACCUGUGAAUGGUGUUCUUCACCUGAUUUUAUGAAAAGCGACCUCCCAGGAUAUAUUGAUAAACCACUGGAUGAAUGGCCAGCAGAUUUACUAUUAGAUCUCUGCUACUGCUUUGACUGUGUACAGGAGUAUCACAGGCUACAGGAAGAGUUGACUGAACAGAGGCAAAAAAAGGUUUUGCAGCACUUGGAUGUUGAUAGACUGAAGCUGACAAUCAGUACUGCCCUAGAAGAUGCAGAACGUAGGGAAGGAUUUUUUCCACAUAUGCAGGAUGUCCCAAUGAAGUUACAAGUUCCCCUUCUGGAAAUGUUAAGGUUCCCAUAUUUCUUACAUAAUGAGACACUAGCAUUAUGGUUUAAAAGAGGACUUAUUGCUCUGAAUGUGUGUGGAUGUCCACUCAAGUUGGAGGAAAAGCUUCCUGGAGCAUAUCUUCUGCUUGUUCAUCCUGAUCCAGAGGUGCGGGGUUGGGCAGUUAUAAGUGUGAGAGGACAAGGAAUGAUAAAUCCAGACGAAUACGAUCUCUUGAAAGAGGUUAUCAAGUGGAUGAUUGAUGUCGUGGAGUUUAAUCUGUUUGAACUUUCUGAAAUUGUAAUACCGAAGGACGAAAAUACUACUGGCCUGCCUCUUAAAUUUCUCCCACCACACUUGUAUGUUCCACUUACUAUAAAAGAGUACUGGAUGGGACUGUUUGUGCUACUGAUGCGCAUGGAUGUGGCCACAGUGCAGUCAUGCUUUAUGAGUUACACUGGUCACAUAGGGAUUCUGAAUGCAAUUGUGCAGCCAAUGAGAAAUCAAGAGGUGGAAGCAUUUUGGCCAAUGCUACAGUGCUUUGUUGUCUUGCAAGAGAGACUUGAAGAGAGAAUCUGGCAGAUUUCUGUGUUCACAUAUAAGCCUGAAGAACUCUUUGAGAUUAUAACGGAAAACUGUUCCUUUAAAGAGGCUAUUUUGCAGUGGCAAACCCAAGAUGGUGGAGUGAAAUUCAAGCCAAAAGAUGUCAAGCAGUCAAAUAGAGCCAGGUCUUUGAGUGAUGCAAAAUCUUCCAGUGGAUUUUACAACACGGCAUUGGCAUGGUUUCAACCUUUUGUGCUUUCUCUUCUGGACUUUGAUGAUGGUCAGCUCUAUGUCUCACUUGUAAUUAGAUAUCUUCACAAUGUUGCAGAUGAGUGUGUGACUCAAAGUACUUUCAAGUCGGAUGUUCAGUCUACUUUGUUAGGCAUAAUUCAUGAAUUGGUCAAGAGACAAAUGUCGGUGCUCCUGGCUCCUACAGCUGGCCUUUGGGCAAAAGACAUGGUAGAUUUUGUUUUAACUGAAACAGGGGACAAGAAGAAAGUUGAUGUUACCAGAAAACUACUUCAGCUUCUGCUUAAGGCUAGUCAUCGAGUGGGAUCGAAACAUGCCCUCAAGUUCUGGGAAUUGUUUGCAUUGCCAGGACCCAAGGAGCUGUCUGCAGAGGAAAAGCAGCAGAUAAUUUCACUCAUUGAGGCUCAACCUUCCUUAAAAGUUCCAACCCCUGGAUUCCUCAAUAAAUCUUUGUCUACUGCAAAUUCCAUGGAUAGCGCAGAUAUCAAAUCAUGUCGUAAAGCUAGCCUCCCCAUGCAGGGUGUUAUCCAAAUAAAGAAAGAAAAAGCUCAACAGUCACACGAGCAGUUUGAUUCUAAUGGAUUAACGGAAAGAAAAAGCGGCGACGAGGAAAGUUUUCGAUCAAGAGUGAGGCCCUGUCCUAGUUCAAUGUUGAGCAGUUCUGAAGAUGAACAAGGCCUUAUCCGUUUAGAGAAAGAAAAAUCUUGUCAGUCACACGAGCAGAUUAAUUCUAACAGGUUAACAAAAACAAGAAGGAAUAACUUGAAAAGCAAGAUAAGUUUCCGAGCAAGAGCGAAGCCUGGUCCUAGUUCGCGUGUGAGCAGUUCUGAAGACGAAGAAGAAGAGGAAGAGAUUGCUAGCAGGGAUUUAAUGAAAAGGGGCAAAAAGCCUCGAUGUCAUUUACGGAAUAUUAAAGUGUCUAAAAUGUCUCCAGAGUUGGGUUUUGAACUUAUGACAGCCAAAGUUCCUCUAGUAGACUGCGGAGCGUCCUUGGGCCCUGUAAAAGCUGAAAAAAGCGUCCAGCACACGGCUCUUCAAACAACUGUAAAGCAUCGAAGAAAUAGAGCCAGGAAAUCAGCUGGCAGGAUAAAGAAAGUUUCUCAGACUCCCAUCCUUAUGAAUUCUGGUGCGUGGAAAGAAGACGCAAUUGUUCUGUCGGAUGACGAAGAAUCCUCACCAGAUACAUGCAAUCAAACAAAGCCCGUUUCCUCGAGACAAGAGCAUCUUACAUUUUUAGACGAUUACUUGAACUGCGAGAGCCUUCAAGACGACGAUAUUGCUCUCAAUAAACUCAUGGAUGAAGUAGAUCCAUCGCCAAAUUCAGGAACGACUCGGUCGAAAAAUUUGUCAACAAAGGAAGCUGUUGAUAGUGAUAGCAAGAUGAGUAGUUCCGACGAAGAGCUCCUUCGUUCGGUUUUCGAAAGUGAUGACAAAGGCCGUAAAGUUAAGGUGAAAAGUGAAGACAGAGAGAUGGAUGGUGAAGGUGCCUCCUGUCGGAAGACCGUCGCAGGCGACAACAUUGAUAAAAUGAAGAGGAAAAACACAACCGAAAGGGAUGUUUUUUCUUCUCAAAGUGUAAGAAAGUCAGAGUCACGAAUUCCAACAAAUUAUACCAGUAUAACAAUAAAAACGGAAUCCGCUGAUUCAAACGAUGACUUGAAUGAUGAGCCCCUCGCAGCACAUCAUCCUUUUGCUGGUGUGAUGGUCAAAACUGAAGUGAACCGCUUUUCGGAUGAUGAAGCCAUAAAUGUGGAGGCUGCAAGCCCAGUAGUACGUGACAUUGACUGUAGUCUUGUUAAGAAAGAGCAGCCAGAAAACGUUCAUAACACCUCUUCAUUUGACCAUGCAACUGACGCUGAAAUUGGAAGAAGUGAUUUUAUCUUGGCUGGUUGUAUAGAUUCGGAGCAAAACGCCCAACCAGUUCUUUCUAUAGUCAAACCUGAACCUUUGGAACAAGGGGAAGAAAAGACACUUUCUCUCUCUGACAUUAGCAAACAGCUUCAGAAUGAUACUCGUUUCGACGAUGAUAUAAAUUUUUGGGGUCACUGCUGCAAUUACAGUGAACUUUUGCUGAAUUCUCAAGAUAAUGCCCUCGCAAGCAUAGAAGAAGAUCUUGUUGACGUAUACGGCACGCAAACCACAAAUCAGACGGAAGAUGACCUUUCGUUGUCAGAUGAAGAUGCUAAUGUUGGGGAUAUCCCGUUGGACGAACCUGUGCAAAAUCCAGACUUAAAUGAUAACUUUCUGCCAGAUGAAGAAGUCAAAAGUGUAAAACCUAAGAAACAUGUAACAUUUGCACCUGACAUACGUUCGUCUGAUGCGGUCACAAACUCUUCUGGUGGAAUUGCAAGCUUGAGUAAGCUAGCGUCUCCUCAGGCGGCCAUAACAAAGCCGACUAGAGUUCUUUCAGAGGAUGACUUUUUCCGCGAGAUUCUAACCUGGAGGGUGGAUCACUUUUUUGAGUCAUUGAGAAAUGGUAGAUCCACCACUUUGCCGCGAAAUUAUGUUGCAGAUCGUGUACCGGAAAGCUUCAACUCUAUGGACGAAUAUUACAAAAUAUUCAAGCCCUUGCUAUUCAUGGAAAUUUGGCAACAGGCUCUUGGUUCCUGGGGUGGUAAGGAAGUGAACAGGAAGUGUGUUACCAUGAAUGUUCUCGAUGGAAGUAACGCCAAUAGUUUCUGGAUCAUUCCUUGCCGUGGUGUUAUUAACGAACAGCAACAAAAAGGGGCUUUGUUCCCGAUGGAAAGUGAUUUGGUUCUUGUUACGCGCUCUGCAGCUGAUGGAAGAGAUGGGAGUGAUAAUAACUCGGCAGUUUUCGGAUUGGUGGAGAAGUCAGUUCUUCAAAGAGCUAAGCUGUCACGACGGGGUAGUCUGGGAAUUAGUGGUGGAGAGGAAGAAGCUGUUGUGGCGACGUUUGAUCUGAACUUGACCAUUAAAACUGCGUCAAACUUCCGACCUGCAAGGAACUGUCGCCUUCAAGUACAGGUUGUGACGUCCCUGUUGACAGCACUGAGGCAGUGGUCUGCGUUAAUGCAAUUUAGCAAGAGCCUAUUGGCCAACGACAUUCUUAGACCGCGGAGAGCAAUUUAUUUCUGCUCCGAUGAUUAUCGUACAAUACCCCAUGUCGCUCAGGAAUACAACGAAUCACAAGAAAGGGUCAUCUCAACUGCGGCCAAUGCUGUCCAUAAUCCCUAUCCUAUACCACGCAUUUGUCUCGUUCAAGGCCCUCCGGGGACAGGAAAAUCGUACACGAUUGUGGGUCUUGUCAAGGAGAUACUUAAUCGGGGUCAAGAAUUUCCAGGACAGACCACAGCUACCUCAUCAAAUGGAAGUGUUCGAAACAAAGUGAGAAUUCUCUUGUGUGCCCCAUCUAAUGCUGCCAUUGACGAGUUGAUUGGUCGGUUUGCAAAAGUUCAGAUUCGACUUCAAAAUCGUCACGAUAAGGAGAAAAACAGGCGAUGUAACCGUCAAGAUGAUGUCAAGAGAGCAAUCUCUAACAACUGUGGAGAUUUGUGUCUGGUGCGAGUGGGCCGUAAAUCAUAUAUCCACCCGGGGGUUUUGAAGUUCUCAUUAGACAGUAUGACAAAGCUCGUGGUCGAUCAGUCAUCUUCCGAAACGGAGGACAGAUUAAACAAAACCAAGGAAAGUCUGGCAGUCAUUGACGAUAGAGAGAAGAAAUUGGAACGCAAGAUAACGAAGUUAAAAAGUUCACCUCACACAUCACACGAACAACUGGAGAAAUUGGAAAAGGAAAAGUUAAAUCUUAUGGACGCAGUACGAACCCUGCAAAAGAAAUUCCGGGAACAGAGGGCAGAGCAAGCUAACAAACGUAGAAAAGAAUCAAGUAUAAGAAAGGAGAUCCUCUAUCGUGCUGAUAUUAUCUGUACAACUCUCAGUGGGGCUGGUAGCACCAGCUUAAAGCAGGACCUGGAAGGACGGCGUAUCUAUCCCCAUUUCACCUGCGUUAUUGUGGAUGAGGCCUGUCAGUCCAAUGAACUGGAUUUACUGAUACCACUCUGCUUCCAGGCGUCUAAAGUGGUUCUUGUCGGCGAUCCUGAGCAGUUGCCUUGCACUGUACUGUCUGGGAGAGCAAAGGAGAAGUUAUUUGCAAGAUCCAUGUUUGAAAGACUUUACAGAUUCUUCAGAUAUCAUAAAGAAGAAAUGGAGAAGCCAGUACUGAUGUUGGAAGAACAGUACCGGAUGCAUCCAGAGAUUGCGGCUUUCCCUUCUUCACAUGUGUACAAUAACUUCCUGAGAAGCCACAGAUCAGUAGAACAGAGACAGUUUCCUCUGGUGAAGCACUAUGCACUCUUUGACGUUGUUAAUGGAAGGGAGAUAUGCCAGGAUAGAGGCGCUUUGUGGAAUCCCGUCGAGGCUGAUAUCAUUGUAAAUUUGUGCUACGAUUUGACAAAUAUUUUAAACUCUGAAAGCAUUGGCAUUAUCACACCAUAUCGGAAACAGAAAGUGGAGAUCCAAGGGAGACUUAGGGAUCUUUCUACAAGAAGUGCUGCGAUUGAGGUCAACACUGUGGAUGGCUUUCAGGGAAGAGAGAAGGAUGUCAUCAUUUUAAGUUGUGUUCGAGCGCAGCUGUGUCGUGGUUCCAUAGGAUUUCUUACCGACAGACAACGAAUGAAUGUAGCCUUAACAAGGGCUCGACAUGCCCUGUAUGUUUUUGGUCAUAUGGAAACUCUGAAGGGAGGAUCCCCAGAUUGGAGAGCUUUGAUAGAAAAUGCGGAAAAGAGAGGAUGUUUCUUUCCAGUUAAAUCUUCAUCAGAGGUACAGUCGAUUCUUUCCAUUGAAUCAGUCAAGAUAGAUCAUUCACCUGCCAAAGACCCACGGGCUAAGAAGCCUAACCCGUCUUUGAGAAGGAUUGGUUACCACCGUUCCAGCAUUAGUGAUAUGGCAGUGGACCCUGAGCAUGCGCCUGGGAACGUGUCUGGUAGGCAACAAGAAUUUAGUGGUGGGAUGGAAGCACCGGGUCAAAGAAAUGGGAGGCGUCAGGCGGAAAAAUCGGUUAACUCUUCAGAAACCAAACUCCGAGAGGCAACUGGCAUUAAUGCGAACUCCACUAGAAGUGAGCCAUCCUUGAACAGUCAUUCUACAAGAAGUGAAAUUGUCAAUCCUAAGAGCAUGAGUAGGGAAGGGAAUGGUGGUGAGGAAAGAACUCACUCCAGAAAUCGUCAUCAACAAUUAUCUACUAAGGAUUGUAAACAACUCCCCAGAUCUGAAGAUCAUGUGGGAAAUCAGUCAGUCGAAAAGGAGUCAAAGCAUUCUUCACGUCAAUCAUUGCAUCGGGAAGGGAAUGCAUACCAGAAAAGAUCAGAAGGGCGAAGCCCAAAGAAAUCAGAUGAUGACAAAGUCGCAUAUCGAUCACAUUCCACUAAAAGUCCGUCAGUUGAAAAUGGAGUUUCAAACGAGGACAAAGCGAAUUUUAAGGGCCCAUCUUGUAAAGGGAUAAAUAAUGUUUCUCGAAACAUUGCCAUCGAGAAGCAAUCGCCCCGUCAUUCCUCUGAAGGUAGUGUACAUGGAAAGCAGAUGAAACCGAAAAAAAGUGAUAAUAAGCCAGAUGUUAGAGCUACUGAUUUUGUUGAAACCGCCUCUACUUUUACGUUCAUGGAUUCAAAUUCUGAUUCCGGGGAAAUUGAUUCGUAUAACUCACUUGAAAUUGACACGCCCAAUCCUAUGCUGCAUAAUGUCAUCCAAAAUAAUAGGUCACAUAAAAGGGGUUAUUUUUGCAAGCUGUAUCGACAAGAAAAAGAAGCAACUGCAAGGUCUUCACCGGCCCAGCGUGUGUGGUCACCAGUUGAUACUGGGUCGCCCGUCGACCAGGCUCUAACUGAGUCAUUAAGUGUCUCGCAACCCACGUCCUCUGGGUUCUCUUUGGUAUCAUCUAGGCCUUCCAGUGCAUCUCCCUUGCUCUCGACUUCAUCAAUUCCGCUAGACAACGCAUAUGUCCACAAGGAACUUGGCACGGCCAGUGGUUCAUCAUCUCGUUCCAAUACGUCAUGGUCAUCAAAACCUUCAACGUUGAGGCAAAGCUCUGAACCUUCGUCCUUGAAAAUUGGAUCAGAAAGUAACGGUCAUUCAAAAAGACCUCAAGGGUCUACAGCUAAAGCUUCAAACGCGUUAUCUUUCCCUAGUGCGUCAGGGCUUUCAAAUGGCCCUUUUACUCUUUCAAUGGUGCCAGGAACAUCACGAUUGUCAAACCCUUUAAAUUCAUCCGGCCUUAGCCGUACUCUCUCUCUCGAUGAAAAACGUACCUCUGUGCGAAGCGUUGAACAAGUAGCAGAGGGAGUGCGGCAACGGCAUCCUCCUGCGCUGCGUCCUCAAGUCAUUGAAGCCCCACCUGAUCUGUUUAAGAACUCUAACAGAGGAGUUCGUAAACGAUCAGCGCAUGCAAUGACUCCGGAUGUCAGCGCUCUAAGAGGAAGAGCAACCAGGGAAGUUAGCCCACCACCAAAGAGGUCGGCGCCCGAACCCUCACAGAAAAAGAACUUGCAUGAAGCUAAAAAAUACUUUAGGGGCAGAAAAAGUUGGAAUUGACGGAAUGAAUUCUCGUAGUAUCUUUUUCAAGUGCUUUUUUCACGAGGACGCUUCACUAAGACGUCAGUUGAUUUUUUAAGUUAACUCAAAUAAAGUUGUUUUGCUUUUUAAGACCUGAAGAUUGUGGGUGUAAGCUAAAAAACAAACUGUUACAAGUGGUCUUCCUCCAACUGUUUUCUUUGUGAAGUAAAUCUAGAGGAACAAAUUUCAGUAUAUUUUUCAAAUUAGAGAUUAACUAAAUAACCAAAGUAAAUUACUAUAUUUGUUAUG